AUGUACAAGUUUCCAGGGGUUGCCUUCAUCACCGGUGCUGGAGGAACCGGCAUUGGCGCUGCCGUUGCCAGAGGCUUCGCGCGAUCAGGAUGCUCGAGAAUCGCCAUCACCGACCUGAACAGAAAGUCGCUGGCAGAGACGCGGGACGCGAUCCUCCAGAUCGAGCCCCAAACGCAGGUGUUGAGCCAAGAAGGUGACAUCUCGGACGAAAGCUUUGUCAACUCCUUCGUGCGGGACAUCGCCAACAGCUUCGGGCGCAUCGACUACUCCGUCAGCUGCGCCGGGAUCCUGGGCGAAUCGCUGCGAUCCCACGAGACGUCGACGGCCGCCUUCGACCUCAUCACCCGAGUCAACUACAAGGGCAGCUGGCUGGCGUCUCGUGCCGUUCUGAGCCACAUGCUGAAGCAGAAACCACAUGAGGAGCAUCCGGGCCAGCGAGGCUCCAUCGUCAACAUCGCCAGCCAACUCGGCGUCGUGGCGCGGCCAGCAGCAGCCCCGUACUGCGCGUCAAAGGCAGCCAUAAUCAACAUGACCCGAUCAGACGCCAUCGAUUACUCUCAGGAUGGAAUCAGGGUCAACUGCGUUUGCCCGGGAGUAAUUGCCACGCCGAUGACGACGGCGUCCGAGGAACUGGUCCAGAGGCUGAGGCCUGCGAUUGAUAUUGCCCCCAUGAAGCGGAUGGGGACGCCCGAAGAAGUGGCCAACGCUGUGCUGUUUCUGUGUUCAAGCCAAGCUUCGUUUGUUCAAGGGCACGCACUGGUGGUCGACGGAGGCUACACUAUCAACUAG